AUGGGCAGCCGGGCACAUGAUGGCCCAUUUACAGCCGGGCUGGCCCAUGUGGGCAGCCAGGAAGAAGAACAAACAGGGGAACUGCCAAAUCAGGCCAACUCUGCACCAAUGGAGACGGUGCAUAAAAAGGAGGCUAUGGGAACCACUUGCCCUGAGGAUAACGGCAAAGGUAAAGAUGGAUCAACCACGGAUGAACAAUACGAUCCGCAGGGACCUCCUUUCCCUCCAAGCGAUCUCAAAUCACUCAAGGAGUGGCUGAAAAAAACAAGUGCCGUACCUGCUAAUUACAAUGCAACAUCCACAAUCGUCCCGGGCCGUACUCCUCAGCGGGUACCUGAAGUCUUCUUCGAUAUAUUACCCCACUUGCGGCCAAUCCUGAAAAAGGAUAGUGUCAGGUCUUUCCUCCGCUUCUUAAAUCAGAAUGGAAGGGACAUGACACUGGGCUACAUCAUCAAACCAGAAGCUUUAAACGAGCUAGUCAUCACUAAUGCACUGCGAUGUGCCAAAGUUGUCUUGGUGGGAAAGAAUCCUGAGCUGCAUGGGUUCCGGGCCGAUCCCAACUGCAUGACUCAAUUUGGGUUCUUCCCCCUGCACCGAGCUGCUGAAAUGUUCUCUGUCGAUAUGAUUGAGUUGCUCUUGCACCAUGGCGCGUCGGCCAAUUUGCGCACAUCCGGUGCUUUAGUCAUUGACAACCUACUCCCGGUCCAUGUUGCGGUUGAGAACACUUGCCUGCAUAAGUACCUGGAAGACGGUCUACAUCCUAAUCGAGAAAAUACGGAUUACAGUGAUGCAGAUGUCAACUAUAUCCUGAAGCUGGUUCAUCGGUCGUCACAGAAGCUCAUCCAUAUCCUCUGCCUACCGGAAAUGAAGCUCUUCUUGGAUACAACUAGGCUGCUAGCCAAACAUACAGAUAAUUUAUUAGAUGAGGUCUGCAAAUACAUAAUUGAUGGGAAGCUUAUCCAGACGGCUGUUUUGCUCCUAGCAGCUCAAGAGCAGAUCCGUGGUGUAUCUUCCAGCAAGAAAGACUGCAAUUGUAAGCCAGAUGGGUUUUCUAUUAUCACUAACUGUGUUGUGGGCAAAAUUACCGCCAUACAAUUCGAGAUGUGUCAUAAAGGACUGGAACUGGAGCCAUUAGAGGCUAAAAAAAGACUUUUCGAUAUGACACUGACACUUGUUCAUGUAAUUUCCCAAGCUGGUGAAGCUCUUGAUUCUUACAUUCGGGCUCAUCCCAAGAAUUGUUUAAAAGGAGAAAUCCAAAUAGUAUCCCAAUUCAGAAAGUUCGAGAAAGAUUCUAUCCCAAUUCAGGAAGACGGAAAUUGCUGGUUGCUUCUUUUGUAUGAGCUUCUUUGUAAAAUUAUUGGAUUUUCACUGGCCGCGUCAUUCUAUCAGGACCGGGCUCUAACAUGGAAGGUGCCCUAUAUAAUACCAGUGUCCCAUGUGGAGGUCCUUGAACGUGUCUCGUUGAUAUUGAAGGAUUAUGGUCUUUGUUCUGGAGAAGGCAUAGAUAUUGGAAAUCUGUACUGUUCUGCACACCUUUUCAUUUCUUAG